UAUACGCAUGCCCAUGGACUGAACUGUCGCGUCGUUUAUUGAACGUAUGCUUCAGCCAACAACGACACAACAAUCAGUCGACAGUUAAGUCGUGUGCGUUAGCCCUAAAAGUGGAGCAUAACCUAAGAGUGAAACUAUAUCCAUGUGACGUUCCUUACAACAAUAAUACAAAGUCUUCGAGAUUUUUAUGGUGUCAUCGACGUAAAGCAUGGUUCUCUUAAUAUUAACGACUGCCAUUAGCUUUAUUUGGGCAUUUAAUCCUAUAAUAAUUAAACACGUCUUGUCGCUCCUGUGCAUGGAAUUACAACAAGAAAGAAUACUACAAAAUGAAAUAUUGGUCCUUCAAAGAGAAAUGGCCUGUAUAUCAAUAAUAGAUGAAUUUGCUAAGCAUGCCAGGCUUCAGCGCAAACUAAAUAAAGUACAAGAAGAACUGAAGUCUAGAGCAAACGAAAGAAUGUGCUUGCUUGUAAAAUUGCAAUUUGUAAUUACAUACGUAGCACAAGCCAUAAUGCAGCUGGUAAUGCUGUUUCUUGUAUGGAACUACAAAUACACUCCAGUGAUAAUUAUACCUGAAAAAUGGCUUCAUCCCACCAACAGUAUCUUCAGCUGGCCCACAGAUACAUUUGGGGGAAUAAGCAUUACAAUAUGGCUUAUCAUCACUGGAACAGUUGCGAGAAUGGCUGCAUCAUCAUUUAAAUUUUAAAACAAUGGUAAAUUUCUUCAUAAUCAGAAGGAAUUUUAGUAACACUGAACUGUGAAAAAGAUGUUUUAUAUGACAUAAGUAUUUUUAAAUUCUGUGGAAUUGUUAUGACUGAUAAAGGGAUUAAAUGCCCCAGGUCUGGACAUUGUCCUACUGUAAUACAGUUCAA